AUGACUACCUCUGGUGUGGCGUUCUCAGGUGGUGGUAUUCGGUCAGCGGCACUAUGCUCCGGUGUGCUGCGCAGACUACUUCAAAAAGAGACUAUUCCAGACUUCCUCAGCUGUACUUCAGGGGGCGGUUACACAGGCACAGCUUAUCUGGACUGGAAAUACCGGAAUGAGCAGAAAGACAAUCCAAAAUGGCAUCGGGAAUUCUUCGCAAACAUGCGCAGAAGAGUCGGAAUUAUUUGUGACUGGCAGAAACCUCUGCAGGGGAUCUUAGAUACCUUUACACUUCUCUUUCUUCUCAUAUUAGUGGUAAUCAUUCUUCCAGUCUCCAACUGGUCUGGUUUUGCUUUUCCUGUUGCUUUAAUCAUUGAUUGCUUCUUCGGUUAUUUGAUGAGAAUUCCUUUUACCUGCCCCGAUGAAGAAAAACACAAUUUCACCAAAGCUGAACUUGUGGAAAAUCCCGCAGCCUCCGUGCUUUUCAAUAUGACAGAAGCAGUCGAAUGCGUCCCCAAAUUCGGCCCUGAAAUGUUCUCUACGAUCAUUACGUUUGCUCUCCUUUUUUUGUUGUUUCUUUUCUUCCUUGUCAUCAAAAAAGUGGUGGGUCCAUCUUUAAAACCGUUUGCCAGCUUCCUGUCAAACUUCUCAGGGUUCGUGUUUGCGAUGGUUUUUUUCCCGUGGUUCAUAGAAGAGUUUGUGGUUGUGACUCCCUAUUGGCUGAAUGCUAUGAUUUUAGUUCUGAGCAUUUUUUUAUGGCUUGGUAUACCACCGCUCAGAAACAAAGCUUCUUUAGCAGUGGCUGUCUAUUGUUAUGCAUACGCUGUUAAGUGGAGAGUCUAUAAAACAGAAGUCCUUUCUGUAAAAUACGACGAAGUUACAUUUUAUAUCCUAGUAUGGAUCUCUGGAGUAUUAAUCUGGAUCCAUCCUUUACUGGGUGUAUUUCAAAGAAGUGCUCUCCAUGCUUACAACAGGUGGCGACUCCAGAGAGCGUUUUACUCUCCCGAGACUACUUCGUCCACGUUUUGUUCCGGAUUCACGUGUCAAGACUUCAUUCCUUUGUUUACGUGCUGUUCACUUGCUGAGAGAUUGAAUCGACCUUUGACCCUUGACGAUCUGGCUGGCAUUUCACCUGAAUACAUCUGCAAUACGACUGUCCAUGAAUGGAGAGUUCCCUCUUCACAUAGAGGAUCUUCGUACGAGCUAUUUACUAUGGCGCCCUCCAGAAUUGAAAGAAUUGACAAUACACGGGGAGCAAAACAGUUCGAAAGCAGGCUCCAUCCUGCAGAUAUUAAGUUAGUAGAUGCCAUGGCAACUUCAGCAGCUGUAGUGUCGUAUCGAAUGGGGGAGUACACCCUUCAACAAUUACAGAACUUACAGAUUAUGCUUGGAAUAGGGAUGGGGGCAGCUAUUAAAACUGAAUCCAGAUGUCGGGGAUGCUUUUCAAGGUUUCUCGCUGUUCUCACUCAUCUUGUUCUGGCACUUCCCAUAUUGUUGCUACCUUUGAUACCAAUCCUGGGCGGAAGUGAGGUCUGGAACGAGAGAGCCGUCAUCUUCUUUCUCGUGUUCUUCUGCGUGUCGACGUUGAUUGCCGUCAUGCCCACGGGCGCUGAAAAUCCCAGAUGCUGGGAACAUUUUGUAAGGUGGUGUAUCGUCAACGUGUAUCAUGUCAGGGUCAUCCGGGAACUUUUGAGGGUAGACAAUGUCGGUCCCACUCCCCCUUCAAUUCUUUACCUGAGUGACGGAGGCCAUAUUGAAAACCUGGCCCUUUUAUCUUUACUGAAACGGAGGUUAAAGAAGAUCCUGGUGGUCGAUGGGGGAAUUGUAGAAAAGGAUUCGGGAGUAGCAAGAGAUCUGCUCAUUUCCCUGGAACAGGCUCGACAAAAACUACGAUGUUCAUUCUUAGGAAUGGAUGGAAGAGAUGUAAUCGAAGACAUCAGAGCAAAGGUAAUCGAUAAGCCAAUGGGAAAGAGACCGAGGAGUUAUCAAUUUAAAGUGGAGUAUUACGAUUUGAACGAAGAUGGGGAAGAACAGAAAGUUGGUGACGGAAAAGUGCUUUAUAUUCUUCCACGUCACCCAAAUGAUGGCCUCCCGGGAGGGCGAAAGAGCUGGGACGAGUUGAAUGAUCACUUUAAAACCGAUAUCGAGUCUGGCCUAUGGGGGACUGGACCUGAUUUGGAACCAGAAGAGGUGGAGCGCCUGACGUUUUGCCUCUUUGAAUGCUGUCAUUGCUCUAUUUUGAAAUGUUUAUCAAGUUCUCUUUGUGGUAAAUUCCCGUAUCAUUCUACAGUCAAUCAGUUCUUCACGCCUGCCCAAUUUUCAGCGUAUCAUCGGGAGGGCUAUCGCGCCUGUAUGGAGGCCCGCGCCACCGAGUUUCUAAAAGGAUCUAAGGAAAUCUCAGAAGAAUAG